CAUGGGACACGCCCCCCCAGGAAGCGACCUGACCUGCACAUGUAGUCUAAUCUAUCUCUCUCUCUCUGUGUGUGUGUCUGUGAGCGCCCGCGUGUGUGUGUGUGUGUGUGUGUGUGUCCGCCAUGUCCGCACUCAGAAGCUGUUUGCGGCUGCUCGUGCUCGCCGCAGUCUCCGUCCUGGUCGUGCUGCUGCUGCGACACUGGAUCGCCACCAAACAACACGUGUUCGACAGGGAGGAGAUCGCCAAAUUGGCCAAACAAUACUCAGGACAGGAUCAUGAGCAGGCCUUCUCCAAAGUGGUGGUGGAGCUCAGGAAGAGGUAUCCUGGCCACAUCCUGCCGGACGAGGACCUGCAGUGGGUGUUUGUGAACGCUGGCGGUUGGAUGGGCUCCAUGUGUCUGCUCCACGCUUCACUCACAGAGUACCUGCUCCUGUUUGGUACCGCGGUCGACACAGGAGGACACUCAGGUCGUUACUGGGCAGAGAUUUCUGACACCAUCAUCUCCGGCAACUUCAGACAAUGGAAGGAGGGGACAACCAAGAGUGAAAUGUACUACCCGGGUGACACCAUCGUUCACGAGGUCGGCGAGGCCACGUCAGUCCAGUGGGGCGCCGGGACGUGGAUGGUGGAAUACGGCCGAGGCUUCAUCCCGUCCACGCUGGGAUUCGCUCUGGCUGACACGCUGUUCAGCACCCAGGACUUCCUCACAAUGUUCUACACUGUCCGUGUCUAUGCCAAGGGUUUGCUGCUGGAGGCCAGUACGCUACUUACAGAGGCAGGAGUUUUCUAAGAGAGGAACCCCACAGGGACAACUCCUAAAGAUCACUGUGUCAAGCUGCUCUGUAGACAACCUACGAAAUUGUAGACAAUCCAAAGUCGCUGCAGCACAAAUGAUUCCGUCGUCCUUCUCCCCUCUUGAAGGAAGAGAAGGUCUUUUGUCUAAACAUUAGCACUGUGACGUCAAACUUCUCUAAAAAGGUAAUUCUAAAUCUAAUCUGUCACAUAGAAUCCCUUAGUGAUCGACAUUAUCUUCCUCUGCACGACAAACAUUCCCCUGAGAGCUCAAACUGCCGACAUACUUGGUAAAGUCCUAAUACCCAUUAAAAAUACAUUAUUUUAGAAUCUGACGUCAGGAUUUAAAGCCUUAACAACUUAGACAAUGUAUGUAACCAUGUUUCUGAGCAACAUGUAGAAGAAACUAAAUAUCUGUAACUGUUGUUCAUCUUUGCCCAUUUAGGCCCCAAAUACUCACAUGCAAUAAUUAAUUUGGCUUUUAAAACAAAUGCAAAACACAUGAUGCAAAGCCAAAGACACUAUUUUCUUAGUAAAUACCUGUUUCAUGUUUAUAUGCAAAAGGAUUCUCAGUAAAUGGUGAACUUUUGUGAUUCUAGUUGUAUUAGGAUCAUAUCCUGAUUUUCUGCUGAUCUGUUAGUACCAUAUAUUCACUAUUUCAGAGUCUCCACUGCGCAGCAAUAGAUUUAUAAUAUUUGUCCUUUUCUCACAAUCUCAGCCAAAAACUUGUAAUUUGUAACUGUAAUGCACUACAUUCACAUCACAUAUUAUUCAUACUAUGUCGUACAGUUAGAAACAUACAUGUUCUAGAGCCCUUUAAAAUGUUAACGUGGUUCUUUGUCUGAAAAUAUUGAGAAACAAACAAAGUAUUCUAGAGCUUCUGUGGAAUAUGUAAUUCAUUCACAAAGUGGUUUUAUGAGUUUAAAUAGACUAUAACUGUGGAGACCAAGUUCAUUCAAUGUUUUGUUAGAUAGAGACAAAGCACUUAAAGAAUCCUGAAAAAGAGAAGGGUUAGGAUAGAUGAUUUCCUGUCCCCCAUUUAUCCAAUCGUCUGAUUCAUAACAUCUGUGAAACAUGUCAAGUGCAGUCAACUCUCUCCCCAGUCAUCAGGAGCCUGGUCCUAAUAACCAGAUUUAACAAAUGGCUGCCGAUUAACGACUUAGCUUGAAUGAGUCUCAGUUUCUGACCGAGCUUCAAGGGGAGGUCUGGAAUUUUGCAACUUGCCCAAGAGGGGGUAGAAAAACAAAACACUAAUCACAGCCUCUUCACUAAUCUCCACUUUUUAAUAUUACAAUGAGCAGGAAUGGAAAUCUAAAAUGUAUAUUAUACUUAACUGGAGUCAACAAGUAAGAUUUUCCUAAAACCUCUUUGUACCUGACAUGCUGACGACCGGAUGUGCAAUUCACUGUUAAGAUGGAAACUGACUGUGGCAGAUGAAAUAAAUAUUUCUGGAGGAAAACAA